CAUAUUGUGGAAGAUAAUUGCAUGUUUCCGUUGUUUACUCUAUAAAUUUUCUGAACUCUAUAGGAUUGCAUCACUUCGCUUAAAGUACUGAGUUGUGAAUUGAAUUUUUUUUAUUGAGUAAAAAUGGCAUUUGCGGCUCUUUCCCUUGUACUCCUAUUUUCAACGGCGAUACUUGGAUACGAUGAAAAAUACAGUGAAAUUGACGUCGACAGUGUUAUAGCUGAUGAUGAGCUGUUUAUGAGCUAUCUCAACUGCUUUGUGGACAAAGGACCAUGUACCGCGAAAUACGCUGAAGACUAUAAAGGUAUUCUACCAGAGGUGAUCAAAGAAGGUUGUGCAAAAUGUACCGAUGAUCAAAAGGAAAAAAUGAGGAAACUGGUCAAAACAGUACAUGAUAAGAAACCAGAAAUGGCCGUGGCGCUUCAAGCCAAAUAUGAUCCUAAUCACGAAUAUGAAAAAACUUUUACAGCAUUUUUGACAGGACAUUAAAACGCAAAUGUAAAUGUUUAGGGAUGAUAAACGGAGACAACGCAUUUUUAAAUUGACAAGAAACGGUGGAGCAUUACAAUAGUUAGUUAAUUUAUUAAAAUAGAAUAAACAUGUUAGCAAAAUAUAUUAUAA